AUGGCGACUCACCUUAGCAGUGGCCGAGUAAAUAUCGCCGUUUUGAGGGAAGCUGCAAGAAGAGAAUUACUUGAUUGUCUGGAUAAAUGUGUCGGUGCUAAGGCCUUGGUAUGGGAUGAACAAUUGACAGGACCAUUGGGUUUGAUAGCAGAGUAUUCACUUCUAAAGGAACAUGAAGUGGAGAAAAUGUUUCCACUAAGAACGGGACGUCUACCAACAAGUAACGUCAGAAAUGUAAUAUUUAUAACAAGGCCCAAACUGCAACUCAUGGAAUUUGUGGCUCAAAAUAUCCACAAAGAAGAGGAGCUUGGCACCUAUCAUAGAAAAGAUUUUCACCUUUUUUUCGUUCCCAGGAAAAGUUUACUGUGUGAGAAAAGACUUAAGGAGCUGGGUGUGUAUGGUACAUUUAGUAACGUGGAUGAAUAUAACUUGGAUAUAUUACCGUUUGAUAAUGAUCUCUUGUCGACUGAGAUGGAACACUCUUUUAAGGAAUGUUUCCUGUUUAAUGAUAUGACAUCAAUGUAUUAUGUUGCUAAGUCAUUGAUGAUGAUACAUGUUGCAGACAUGAUGUUAAGGAUGCGUCGUGAGAUGGCUGGUAGUGAACAGCAAAUCCCACCACAGAUCGAUGCUUUAUUGUUGAUAGACCGUAACGUGGAUUUUCUAACGCCGCUAGCAUCGCAGCUCACUUAUGAAGGACUCAUAGAUGAAAUAUUUGGCAUUGCUAACAGUAAUGUCAAACUACCGCCAGAAAAGUUCCAGAGGCAAAAAGACGGAGAACCUUCAAGCGACAUUUCAGGUGAACCGAAAAAGUUUGUAUUGAAUUCCGCAGAUGAGUUGUACUCUGUUCUGAGGGAUAAGAAUUUCCAUGCAGUGGGACCUGAACUUAGUAAAAAAGCCAAACUGCUAUCAGCGCAAUUUGAGGAAAGAAAGGAUGCAAAGACAGUCGGUGAAAUUAAACAAUUUGUUUCAAAACUGCCACAUAUUCAAGCAGCAAAAAUAUCCCUCGCCAAUCAUACUUCAAUAGCAGAGCUGAUAAAGGAGAAUGUAGAGUUGGAUAUAUUUAUGGAUUCUUUGCAAUCACAGCAAGAAUUUAUGAAUGGUAUAGAUACUGAUAAAAUUAAUAGUUAUAUAGAAGACUGUAUUUCUAGGAAAGAACCACUUAUCAAGGUUAUUCGACUUAUCUGUAUGCAGUCUAUUACAAAUAAUGGUUUUAAACCUAAAGUUUUAGAGUUUUACAAGAGAGAAAUUAUCCAGACGUAUGGAUUUGAACACAUUAUAACAAUAGAUAAUUUAGAAAAAGCUGGUUUACUCCGACCACAGGGGCAGAAAUCAUACUCAACAAUAAGAAAAUCAUUGAGAUUAGUGGUGGAAGAUGUGAAUGAACAGAAUCCUACGGAUAUAUCGUACGUGUUUAGUGGAUAUGCACCGCUGACAGUUAGACUAGCACAGUAUUUAUCACGGCCUGGGUGGAGAAGUAUAGAAGAAGUAUUGAGACUGUUACCAGGACCUACAAUAGAAGAAAUACAACAGAUACCAGUUGGGCUAAGAAAGAAACAAGGUCCUGGCGACAAUCAAAAAGUGACAUUGGUGUUUUUUCUUGGUGGUGUGACGUAUGCUGAAAUUGCAGCUUUACGUUUCCUGUCACAGCAAGAAGACAGCCCCAGUGAUUAUAUCAUAGCAACAACCAAAAUUAUAAACGGCUCAACAUUUAUCAAAUCAAUCAUGCAUAACCUAUCACCUGAUGCAUUUGGAGCUGUACCAGUGGCGUCGUCCGGACAAAGCAGAUAG